AUGGCUGCCCCCCGUUCAACGUCGCUCCGCGCGCUCCGCCUGCUCUCCCAGCAGCAUACUUUCUCUCCUUCCUACCGCCGGGGUCUACACAUCACUGGUGCCCAGUCUGCACAGCCUGCCAAUGUUUCAGACAAGGCGACACUGUACUCUACUCGCAAUCUCGCGGAUCUGAAGAUCGAGUGCCAAAAGCGCUCCCUCGGAGCCACUGGUACCCAGGCAGAGCUUGUCGAACGCCUUUCCAAUCAUGAUUUCCUUCAGUCCCGUGCGUUCAGCAUUGCCAUGAGGAGAAUCAACAGCAGCUCUCCCUCGGAUGUACCCAGUCGUGAAUUCAAUACUUCCCGCUCCCUCAAAUCCGUCAACGACACGUCUACCGUUGACUUUGCCUACAUGCCCUCCAUUGCGGAGAGCCAUGGAUCCGCUGAUGUACCGGUUCCGAUCCUUCCCGAUAUGUACAGCAACUAUGACCCAGCCCGGUCCUCGGAGGCUCCUAUGAAGCCCCAGGUCUACACCGUCUCCGGUGACGGAGCAGAAAUCUCCGCAAGCCCUAUGUCCGAGGUUGUCGACAAUGACUCCGUGGAUAUCGACCCAUUCUCUCUUACCGAAGCGGUCGGGAAAUCUAGAUACGCCGCAGAAAUCAAGAGGCAACAGAAUGGAGACAACACCGGUGUUGUCUCAGAACUCUGGAGCGGAUUCUUAGAUGACCUUUUAGGUCCUAAACAGCAGCAAAGUGCCCCCAGGAAGUGA